GACCAUAUUAAAAAUUCUCCGGAUUCCUCAGCCAAUGUUCCGACGUGCUCUCCUCUCCCUCUGUUCUCUAUUCUCCAACUGUACAUGUUGCAAAACUUGAUCUGUCUCUUUCCUUUUCUUUGGUAAAAAACCCAACACCUAACCGUUUUGGUGAGUGCUGUAGUGAAGGGGCAUCACACAGUGUCUUUUCUUUGACAUUUUGGUUUCCAAUGGGAACUAGAUUUCCACACUUUCACUUUCCAUACUCCUCUUGAGCACUAUAAUAGCACCAAAAAACUCGUUCAAAAGGAAUACAAGGUUGGUUUUUGCAUACCCAUUUCCCGGUUUGUUAUCUUCACUGCUUAAAGUGGUCCUUCUUCCUUUAGUUUCAUUCAUGGGAAAGGUCGCAACUUCUGCAACCCUGCCUGUAUCUCAAGAAGCUUCCAAUUAUGAUGAGGUUUUUAUGCAGCAGAGCUUGCUCUUUGAUGAUAGUCUGAAGGAUUUGAAGAAUCUGAGAGCACAAUUAUAUUCAGCAGCUGAAUAUUUUGAACUCUCAUACUCCAAUGAUGACCAAAAACAAAUAGUGGUAGAAACAUUGAAGGAUUAUGCCAUCAAAGCUCUUGUAAAUACAGUGGACCAUUUAGGUUCCGUGACCUACAAAGUAAAUGAUUUGUUGGAUGAGAAAGUUGUUGAAGUUUCUGUAACAGAGCUACGAGUGUCUUGUAUUGAACAGAGAAUAAAGACGUGCCAUGAGUAUAUGGAUCAUGAGGGGCGUACGCAACAGUCAUUGGUGAUCAGUACUCCAAAAUAUCACAAGCGUUAUAUCUUGCCAGUUGGGGAGACCAUGCAUGGUGCCAACCACACAAAGUCAAAAUAUGUGGGGUACAACCUAGAUGACGAAGGUGAAUGGCCUCACUUUAGGAAUGCUGUUCGAGCUACUAUCAGAGAAACACCACCAUCUACAGCGAGAAGAGGACGUUCCCCAUCACCAUCUUUACAACCUCAGAGUUCUGGAGCUUUUUCAUUCACUUCAACUAUGCCUAAAAAAGAUUUAGAGAGGCGAUCGGUUUCACCAUACCGGUUCCCCCUUCUACGCACUGGAUCUCGGUCAAGUAGGCCUCCAACACCUAAGAUAAGUAGACCAACCACUCCAAAUCCAAGCAGACCCACCACACCAAAUCCUUCUAAUGCAAGACAAAGGUACCCUUCGGAGCCGCGCAAAUCAUCUUCAAUGCGAUUAUCUGCAGAAAGAGACCAUGGCAAAGACAUAGAACAAUACCCUAGUAAGAGUAAACGUCUCCUGAAGGCCUUACUAAGCCGACGCAAGUCUAAGAAGGAUGACAUGCUAUACACAUACUUGGACGAGUACUGAUACUAUAAAACCUAUAGAAAGCAAGGGAAAGAUGUCAUAGAAUCUUGGAAACAAGUUUCAAUUUUGCUUGCUAGUUUGAUAGGUUGCACUUCUUUGUCAUUUAAAAUGAACGUUUAUAUGGUAAUUUUCCAUCAUCUGUAUUUUAAAUUAAGUGUAACUAAGCACACAAAAUUAUGAUGUGUGAUAGUGUAAUAGUUCAAACUUUAUUUUUAAGAUGAAUGCUAUAUAAUCAAGUAAAUUUGGCUGCAUUUCUC